AUGAAUGGGAAGAGCCCAAAGUUGGAGUUGAAGCUGAACCUAUCACCACCAAGGAGGGGGAGUGCAGGACCAUCAAGAGAGAGAGAGGAACAUAACUCACCAAACAAAUCAUCUCCAAUGUCUCCAAGAUCACCACAAAGCUCAUGCUUAUCAUCAGAGAGUGAUCAAGGGAUGAAACACUACUCCAGCAGCCCUGAAACAGCAUCCAUGGUGCUUGCUGGCUGCUCAAGGUGCUUGAUCUAUGUCAUGGUUUCUGAAGAGGACCCGAAGUGCCCCAAGUGCAAGAGUCUUGCCCUUCUUGAUUUCCUUAAUGACAACACUGAAAAUAAGAAGAAUAACAAGAUCUAA